AUGAACUACAGCCUUUUGCUGUUAUCUUUUAUCCUUACAACGUUACUUGUUAGAAAGUCCUAUUCGCAAAAUACUGAUAAUGGUACAUUUAGCGAAGAAACAAGCGAAUUGCCCCCAACGUCAACCGCAUCGGAUAUGGAUGAAAGUUAUAGACGAACGAGUAGGAUUGUUGGAUCGACAUUUGCCGGAGUUAUAGGAACAGUCGUUAUUGGCGGAAUCGUUUUCGCUUCUGUUCGUUUUAUUCGACAACGCAUUUCAAAACACAAAUCGUCGAAAGAUAUGAAAGCGGCACUUGUAACAAAUGAAAAAGUUUCGUUUGCCCGACCUCCCGACGAGUUCACUGAACCAGCUGAACUGAUUACUGAACGUUAUUAA